AUGGGGAUGUACUCUCUGGCUACCAGAUUGUCUACCUUCAGCAAUAGGAGUGCAAUAAAGGUUAGAGUUAUUCGUAGCUACCUGGUACGAGAAAAGAAAGGUUCUGCUGACCUAAAGAGUCAAGAAUUGGUCUUACACGACCCAGAGGGAAAUGUCAUUCAUGCAACUAUACCAGCAAAGAUUGUUCCAAAGUUUAGCAACGGUUUUGUAGAAGGCAAAGUGUAUGCUAUCAAGAACUUUUACGUUGUUUCAAACUGGCAUACCUACAAGACUAGCAUGAACGAAUAUAUGAUGCAAUUGAAUCAUGAAACUAUUUACAAAGAGUUGAGAUUGAGGCCUUUUGAUAGUUAUUUCCCUUGGUUAAUGUACAGAUUGAGGCCUUUUGAUAGUUUGAAAGGUAAUUCAGAAUUAAAUGAGAAAGAGCUCAUUGGUAAGAUUUCUAGCCUAUCAAUACUCGAGAAAGAGCUCAUUGAUAUCAUUGGUCGGGUUGUUGAAGUUUAUGGACCUCAAGAAAAAAAGAUUGGUGGAAAUAAUGCUAGGCUCAUAGACUUUGUGCUUGAGGAUGCCCAGAUAAACAGAGGGCUCAGAGAUGGUGAGGUCAAGAUCUGCUCAUCUUAUGAUGUAACUCAAGUCCUUUUCAAUCUGGACUAUCCAGAAUUUAUCAACUUCAGGGACAGUCUUACGGACAUAGGAUAUCAAACACCUAUGAGAAGUAUAGCUUCCCUAUCUAGUUUUAGUUUUACCAACACUAUGGAUGAAUCCAGCAGUAAGUCUAUGGAACUAACCACCACAAAUGAGAUCUAUGACAAUGAUAAGUAUGGAGAUUUUUGGGUGGCCGCAAGGAUAUCGGGUAUUGUUAAUCCGACUGAUUGGUUUUAUAGCUCCUGUAGGAAGCCGGGAUGCUACAAAAAACUUCAAAUUUCUGAAGGAGUCAAUAAAUGUUUCAAGUGUUUUCAGACUUGGGAAACUGGUAUUUUAAGGUAUAAGAUUACACUAUGUGUUGUGGACCUGAAGGGUAAUGCUUCAUUUUUACUGUGGGAUAGGGAGUGCCAGGAGUUGAUAGGGAUUCCAGCAACAGAGCUAUAUGAAAAGAGUAAUAAGAUUACAGCAAAGUCAGAUCACACAUCCUACCGCAACACUCCAUUUCCCGUGCUGAGGAUAAACAAUGACCCACAGAUUCUGAAAGAACAUUGCAGUGAACUGCUGAAAUUGGAAAUUAAUGCUUGCAACUCUGACAUGCAAAUAAGUCUGGAUGAUGAUGAUUUUUUGGAGGGUUUUUUAAGUGAUGAAGCCGAAAGUCCCAUAGCAAGUAUGCUUCAUGUAGCUGUUGGUGAUGCAACUGAGGGACCUGUCAAGAGUCAUGUAGCUGUUGGUGAUGCAACUGAGGGACCUGUCAAGAGGUGCUUAGCUGUUGGUGAUGCAACUGAGGGACCUGUCAAGAGGUGCUUGCUGGAUCAAUUUUCAUCAACACAGAGUGGCAAGAAGCAGAAAGAGAUCAAAGAGAUCAAAGUGAAGUUAGAGAAAAUAGAUUGA